GAUUUUAUUUCUGGAUCUAUUGCAUCUAUAGUUUCAGAUACAUUGUUACAACCAUUGGAUACAGUGAAAACUAGACAACAAUUUGUUGGAGAUUUAUCAACUUCUAAUAGAUUUGUUUAUAAGAAUACUUUGGAUGCUUUUAUUACAAUUGCAAAGACUGAGGGAAGGAGAGGACUUUUUAGAGGAUGGGUACCAACGCUUUAUGGGAGUUUACCUGCAGGAGCUAUCUAUUUUGGAACUUAUGAAUCAAUGAAGAGAUUACUUUUGGAGAAUUCAGAAUUCUUGAGAGAACAUAAAAAUUUUGCGUACAUGUUGGCAGGUAGUUCAGCAGAGUUUAUGGGAUCUUUGGUUUUUGUGCCAUCUGAAUUGAUAAAAUGUAGAUUUCAAACAAAUUCACUUUCAUCUGCACAAUAUUCACAAUCUACACUUAAAACUUUUUAUCAAGUUGCUAGGAGUGAGGGAAUUCGUGGAUUAUUUAGAGGUUAUUCUGCAACAAUGGUCAGAGAUAUUCCAUACAGUAUGACUCAAUUUUUAAUUUAUGAAGUAUUGAAAAAUUCAAUUUUAAAUAGAAAGAUGGAUCAAUACAGAGAUGAUUUGAAAAAUUCAACACUUAAAGACCCACAAGAAUCCUUAAAAUCUGCUCAGAAAUUAACCUUUUCAGAGUCGAUAGUUGUUGGUGGUACUGCAGGUGCUAUGGCUGCCUCACUGAGUAAUCCAAUUGAUGUCAUCAAGACUAGAUUACAAACCUCGACAACAUUUAAGGGUGGCUUUGUUGCCAUGUUCAGAAAGAUUAAACAAGAUGAUGGUUGGAGAGGAUUUUUCAAAGGUAUCACUCCUAGAGUUAUGUGGGUGACACUAUCAACUGGUAUCAUGUUUUCAGUUUUUGAAUUUGUUUCACAAAAUUUAACAGAU